GCCAGGCAGGACGCGGCGGCCAGCUGGGACCCGGGCCCCAGGGUCUCCCAGGAGGCUGAGGACCAGUUCCUGUCGCUGGAUGACCUCCCCGACUCCCGGACCAGUGUGGACCUGAGGACUGGCCAGGCGCCCAAUGAGGUCCUCAUCAUCCCGCUCCUGCCCAUGGCCCUGGUGGCCCCCGAUGAGGCUGAGAAGAGCAGCAGCCCCCUGUACAGCUGUCAGGGGGAGGUCCUGGCCAGCCGGAAGGACUUCAGGAUGAACACGUGCACCCCGCACCCCAGAGGGGCCUUCAUGUUGGAGCCAGUGGGCAUGUCCCCUGAGGACGCCCUGCUGCCCCCGAGCCAGAAGGGUGAGGGUGCCACUGGGGACCGGCGGGGCCCCGCCGACCCUCGACCCGCCCCAGAGGCCCCAGGGAGCGAGGAGCAGCCCAUGGACGUGUCCUUGUGUGGGGGCGUGGCCCCGGUGGCCAGCCUCUGCCAGGAGCCAGGCCCCUCUCCAGAAGGCUGGCUGCCCGGGGGCGGGGGCGAAGAGGAGGCCGAGGCCCCCCUGGAGUGCGAGGAGCCCAGGAGCCCGCCACAGAGUGAGCAGCCCCAGAGGUACGUGCUGAGGGAGAGAGCGGCAGCCCUGCCCCCGCCGCAGGACGCCCCAGACCCGUGGCAGAGCCUGGACCCCUUCGACUCCUUGGACUCGAAGCCCUUCAGGAAAGGCAGGCCCUACUCUGUGCCCCCCUGCGCCGAGGAGGCCCCGGGGCAGAAGCGCAAGAGGAAGGGCGCCAGCAGGCUGCAGGACUUCCACCAGUGGUGCCUGGCCGCCUAUGCUGACCACGCUGACGGGAGGAGGCCCCGGAGGAAGGGCCCGUCCUUCGCAGACAUGGAGGUCCUGUACUGGAGGCACGUGCGGGAGCAGCUGGAGGCGCUGCGGAGGCUGCAGAGGAGGGAGGUGGCCGAGCGGUGGCUGCCCCGGGCCGAGGAGGGGCUGUGGCCCGUGGAGGACGAGCGCCUGGGGGACCCGUUGGAGGACCUGGGGGCAGCAGAUGACCUCCUGGAGCCCGAGGAGUCCCCCGAGCCCGCGAGGAUGAGGCCCGAGGAGGCCAGGGCCCUGUAG